UGCAUAUAUGCGUUAAGUAAUGAAAUCGUUCGUUAUAAAUGUUGUAAAUUUUAUUGAUUACAAAUCUUAAGGAAAACAGACACAAAUAUACAUAAAUGACGUUAUAUUAAAGAUCACAUCUUAAGUCGAUCGUAUAAAGUUAGUAUGUGGUAGUGUUUCAUAAAGACCACACCUUUAAGAUGUUUAAAAAAAUAUUUUUUUGUUUAUUAGUGCUAUAUACGUGUAAUCUAGUAUAUGGUGAACGAAAUUGCAAUGAUUGUCAAAUUUACUACUCAUGUAAGGCAGCAUUUGAUCAUGCUCGGUUGAGGCAAAACGAUGAAACAAAAAAGCUAUUUCAGAAAGCCCUGUGUGGAACAGAAAUUGAUGACGGAGAAUCCGUAAUUAAGGUAUGCUGCUCAGACUUUCCCAGCUUAGAUACUAGACCAACCCCAACUCCUCCGAUCAAAAAUAUAGAAAAUAGAUGGGCAGGAAUGAGUAAAGAAACCUUGCUGCCGGAUAGAUGUGGCAGCAUUUUGGGAAAUCGUAUUUUUGGAGGCAGAAAAGCUAAACUAUACGAAUUUCCAUGGAUGGUACUGAUAUCUUAUACAACACGCGAAGGUCCCCAAUUUCAAUGUGGUGGAACAAUCAUUAACUCCAAAUAUGUUCUGACAGCGGCUCAUUGUGUCGUUGAUAAGAAAAUCGCAGGUGUCAGAAUAGGAGAGUUUGAUAUUAAUUCGGACAGGGAUUGCGAAUAUGAACCAGACAAAGUUAUCUGCGAAGAUCAUAUACAGGAUAUGUAUGUCACAGAUAUAAUUCCACAUGAAAAUUAUCAAAGAUCACCAACCGCGAAUGAUAUCGCGUUGCUGCGAGUAGAUGGCGAGAUCUUCCUUAACUACACAAACGUGGAACCAAUCUGCCUACCACUAACGUCUGAACUACGCAGCAAACGUCUAGAUCAUAAAAACGGCACAGUAGCUGGAUGGGGUUACACUGAAACUGGUAGAGAAUCUGCAAUAUUGUUGAGAGUCGAAGUUCCUGUGAAAAGUGACGCUGAAUGUAAAGGUUACUACAACAGAAAUAACCGGGAUGCCGUUAAGAAACAAUUCUGUGCAGGAGAACUCAAAAAGGACUCUUGUAAUGGUGACUCCGGAGGACCUCUAAUGAUGAAAGCUAACUACAACGAUGUUAAUAGUUACGUCCAGUAUGGCAUCGUGUCGCACGGUCCAAUGCAAUGUGGAUCGUCGUUCCCAGGCGUUUACACGGAUGUCAGAGAAUACGUCGAUUGGAUAUUAAAUAAUAUUAAAGAAUAAUUUAAUUAGCUUAAUGUAUAGAAUAAAUAUUUGUAUUAAUUGCAGUAAAUAGCAUAAGUGGUUGUUCUGAUGUCAAACGGUAACUGUUUCAUAGCUCUCAGUAGAGCAGUCGUAUAAGAAGAUAUUGUAUUUUCAACGAUGUAUUAUCUAAAGUAAAUGCCUUAAAAUUAUACUAAUAAACGUUUGAAAGCAUGAUCUGUA